AUGGAAGGGUUCAUAAUAGGCGGUGAAAAGACAAAAAUACAGCAAUACCCACAUUCAGUAUACUUAACUAUGAACUGCGAUAUGAGUUUUGUAUGCGCAGGCUCUGUCCUAACACAGGAGAUUAUUCUAACAGCUGCACACUGUUUAGAAGAAUGCAGGGGAAAGUCACGUGAUUCUGUUGAAGUGAAGUAUGGCCACGAGAGUAUAGUUUCAAUGAAAUCAACUAUGAUGAAGAGCUUUAUAAUACACGAGAAGUACGAUGAAAUGACCGUUCAUAAUGACAUUUGUUUAGUGUCAACUAAUAAGCCGAUUGCGUUGGGAUAUUUCGUGAAGCGAGUAGUCAUAAUGAGAAAACCGAAAGUCUCUAAAUGGGCUUACCUAGCUGGGUGGGGAGGCAUUAAUUUAAACCAUGACUUAUCUACGGUGCUAAUGCAUACAGCGCAGCAGGUACAAACACCCAAUGUCUGCAGACUCCUGGGUAAAAUCCCAAACGGAUCCUUUUGCGCUGGACCUGCUAAUGAAAAAGGAAUGCCUGACUGGGGUGAUUCGGGCAGUGCUCUAGUUAUCUCCAACUAUGUUCAAAUCGGCAUCGUGUCAUAUAAAAUCCAGAGAUACGCCCUCGUUGUGUAUACCAACGUAUCAUACUAUUACAACUGGAUUGUAGACAGCGCCGUCAAUCUUGUCUGCAGGAAAAGAAAUGGAGGAUAG